AUAUUAUAAUAGUUCCAUUUGAUUUAUUUAGAUAAUUUUUGUGAUUUUCCCCGUCUCAUUUAUCUUUUUACCAAUUGCUUUUAGCCAUGUUAGUUGUACUUCUGGAUAUUUUUUACCCAUAUGCAGUUCGAAAUAUUCUUGGCUAGAGCUUGGGCUACUUUUCAGUUAGAUGAAAGUAGGCUUCGUUAUUUUUUAUUGAAAUUAACUAGAAUUUUAGCAACAAUUGCUUCAGAGUGUGUUAAGUUACGCGUUCUGUUAAACAAUAAUAAAAAAAUAAAUAUAUUUAAUUUAAAAAAACAAAAAAAAAAACACAAAACCACGAAAGCUAACAAAAAAAUAGAAAAGCAUCAAAAUGGGCGAGAAAAUGGUUGACUUUAGCGUACUGGACUAUGAUACCCAUCAGGAUUAUCUAAACUCGUUUUCGACCAGAAAAGAUUAUCAAUAUUUGGGCAAUCAAAGGGUGGUCACUUCCCUUGCCAAAUUGGGAUAUCGCUCCACGAAGAUACCAUACGAUGAACCGGAAUUCCUGAGGCGUCACGAUUUGGCAAUGCAAGCGAUACGACCAAAAAUAAUGGGCAUACAGCCCUUCAGUAUAUUUAUGUCGCCAACCAAUAAGGAUCCAGUGCUGCUUGAGUUCAAGCGACGCGAGGUGCCCAUAUACUCCAAGAAUUUGGCGACAAUUGUUUUUACCAUGUAUACAAGCUCAUAUUGUUCGGAUAUAUCGGGCUAUAUUGACUUGGGUAUGAGCUGGACGAAUGCGGCGCGCUCUGCCCACUCGCAUACGAACUGGCCGGGCAUAUUUCAGGGAACCGCCUAUCUGCGACCGAUGCCGCAUCAUCUGAGCUACAGUAAUCCACGCUUUAAUAUGCUCAACUAUUCGGAUAGCGAUAAUUUUCGGGUCUUGCACGAUCAUCGCUAUGGAAUGAUGUUUAUGCAUAAGGGCGAUCAGAAGGUUUUACCAGUCGGUGGUCAUCCCAAUCCGUUUGCCAGAAACAUACGCCGUUCGACGGCCAUUUCACCCAAGUACGGCACAAUGAUAUUCUACGAUCAUAUUGUGCGCAAGAAGGUAUAGAAUUAUUUCUAUAUAUUUAUGCUCAGCUAUAAAUUCAAUUGUGCAUCAAAUCCUAUGAUAUUAGAAAGCCCAAAAAAAAAAAAAAUAUUAUAACAAAGAAUAUUCUUUUCGAUCUCUGAGAAA